AUGGGUCAGCGAACAUUGAUCUAUAGCUUUGUUGCACGGGGCACCGUUAUAUUAGCCGAGUACACUGAAUUUUCAGGGAAUUUCACCAGCAUAGCAUCCCAAUGCUUGGAGAAGCUGCCUGCAUCAAAUAACAAAUUCACUUACGAUUGUGAUGGCCAUACCUUUAAUUACCUUGUGGAAAAUGGAUUUACCUACUGCAUUGUUGCUGCUGAUUCUGCUGGCAAGCAAGUUCCAAUUGCCUUUCUAGAGCGCAUGAAGGAUGAUUUUAACAAGAGAUAUGGAGGGUCGAAAGCUUCAACUGCAGGUGCCAAUAGCCUGAAAAAGGAAUUUGGGCCAAAAUUGAAAGAGCACAUGAAGUACUGCAUUGAUCAUCCUGAAGAAAUUGACAACCUUGCUAAAGCCAAGGCUCAGGUUUCGGAAGUAAAGGGAGUGAUGAUGGGAAACAUUGAGAAGGUUCUUGACCGUGGAGAGAAGAUUGAGAUUCUUGUUGAUAAGACUGAUAAUCUCCGGUCACAGAUCGUUUUUCUGGCUUUCAUUGACGUGGUUCGUAUUUUCUGUUCGAGUUUUAGGCACAGGAUUUUAGGACACAAGGGACGAAGAUGA